GUUCUCACAAGGUACAGCUUUUUUAACUGCAUGAGUGAUGACCAAUGGAAUCAACAAAAGAUUUUUAUUGAUUAUAUACAAAAAUACUCUAAUUCCAUUUACAGGGGGCUUUUCUAAGGCUGACCGUACCUCUCGGAAAUUCUUUGGUUCUGUUUACUUUAUCUAUUAGCUAUUUUAACAAAGUUUCACCACAUUUAGUGCAACAGUAUUUAUUGUACUUCUUUCUUUCUGUAAGCAGUAAAUGGCAGACACUAAUGAAAGCUCUGGAGAUGCUUUUGUUUACCAGAGUUUUAUUAAAGGGCAAAUGAGUUGGAUAACUUUUAUAAAGAUGUCAGUAUUAAUUGUGGUAACUCUGUUUGCUGUGUAUGUAAACUGUGUUAUUCUUUAUGUUCUUAACAGUAAGCCUGUAUUUAAAGAAUCAUCCCGCUACAUUCUUUUUGCCCAUAUGCUCUUCAAUGACACUGUUCAUCUCAUUCUCACUUUUUUCUUGUAUUUCUUUGCUGUGCUCUUCCUUAAGCUGGCUAAAGCUGUCUGUUCCAUGAUCCUGUUUUUUGAUUCUACAACAUUCUAUAUUGCACCUUUAAACCUGGCUGUGAUGUCUCUGGAACGCUAUGUGGCUAUCUGUUUUCCUCUAAGACAUACUGAAAUAGCCACUCAGAAAAGAACUGGCAUUGCUAUUAUCUUUAUUUGGUUAAUCGGCUGUGUAAAUAUUUUGAUGAACAUUAUUACUGCCACAGUUUUGGACCCUAAUUUUUUUUCUGUGAGCAUGUUUUGUGCUUAUGAACAGUUAUAUUUGAAACUCUGGCAGCCCGAGGUAAUCAGUUGGCUUAAUGCAUUUCUUUUUGCGUCAGUAACCCUGAUAAUUGUAUUUACCUACAUCAGCAUUAUGAUCACAGCCAGGUCUGUUUCCUUCAAAAAAGACUCUGCUAAGAAAGCCCACAAGACUGUGCUGCUGCACCUCAUUCAGUUGGGCCUGUGUACAAUGUCUUUUCUAUAUGCUAUUGUAGACAGAGCACUUUAUGUAGUGACUGGCAGCGGUACCUCUCUCUAUUUACAUGUGCAAUAUGUGAACUUUCUCCUCCUACUGAUUCUGCCUCGCUGUCUGAGCCCUCUUAUCUAUGGGCUGAGAGACGAUGCUAUUAGACCUUUAUUUAAACAUUAUUUCUGUCCCUGCUUUAGAAAAUUCAGCACUGCUGUGAAUGCGCAGUAAAUGUAUUAUUUAUAAUAUAUUUCUGUGAAUGUGUGAUCUUUUGCAAACAUUGUCAACUACAUGCUUAGACCAUUGUGAUAGUAUUCUUAUCAUUUGUAUUUUGUUAAUAUUUUAGACAAUGCCUAAUUGGUUAUAAAAUACAGUAGUGUAACUUAUGUGUUCAUAUUUAAAAUAAAUGAAAUAUUUUUGUAUUUUUUUUCAACCAAAUUCAACCAACAAGCAAGAUAUUUGGGGAUUUGUAAUAACAGUUCUCUAGAGCAUAUCUGAUAUCAAAAUGUGUUUGUUUAUAUGAGAAAAUGUUAAUAUGAUAAAAAGCAAAAAUAUUUUUCACAGCACUGUCCAUGGCCAUUUUAUCACAAAGCUUGGCUUACCAAGGGAUUUGAAUUUUUUAUCAGAUUGUUUAACAAAAUAUUGAAAAAACUGCAAUUUGACCUUAUUCCAUAAUUUCCAGUGUGUAAUAAUAAAUAUAUCCACUGGAUGGCAAAGUCCUUUUAGAAUUUCAUUGUCUGAAAGCUGAGAAAACAUGAAAAUGUAGUGUCGUGACCUGGAUUAAACUGCACAUUAGAUUUAAUUCAUUUAAUUUGAUGAUGUGAACCAGUAAACAAUUAUAUUUUUGUUGAUUGGCAGAAAUGUGACAAAUGUAUAUUUCUUUAAAAGAACAAUAUCACCAAUUUCCUUUGUAGAUUUAAUUGUCAUGACAAAACACUGCAGCAUCUACAGUGGCUUGCAAAAGUAUUCAUACCCCAUGAACUUUUCCACAUUUGUCCACAUUACACCCACAAACUUAAGUGUAUUUUUCUGAGAUUUUAUAUGAAAAUCGCACAUAAUUGGGUAGUGAAAAAAAAUUAUAUGUAGUAUUCAAAAUGUUUAAUUAAUAAAUAUGUUCAAUAAAUAGAAAUUAAGCCCCCUUUACUCUGAAAUCCCCAAAUAAACUCCAGUAUGAACAAAUUUAGGGGAUUUCUAAAGUCACUUAAUUAGUUAAUAGAUUCCACCUGUUUGUAUGGUAAUUUAUUCUCAGUAUAACUACAGCUGUUCUGUGAAGGCCUCAGAGGUGUGUUAGAGUACAUAAGUGAUCAAACAGCAUCACGAAAAACAAGGAACACAUCAGACAGAUCUGAGAUAAAGUUGUGGAGAACUUUAAAGCAGGGUAAAGUUAUAAAAUACACACGUGGACAAAAUUGUUGGUACCCCUCAGUUUAUGAAAGAAAAAUCCACAAUGGUCACAUAAAUAAUUUGAAUCUGACAAAAGUAAUAAUAAAUAAAAAUAACAAAAAAUUCUAUAAAAAUGAACAAAUGAAAAUCCAACGUUGAUUUUGAACCAUGGUUUAACAUAAUUAUU